AGAUUAUUCAGUAAGACUGGAUACAGGCAGUGUGUAAGACCCUCUGUAGUCGCUUUUGUGUCUUAAAUCAGUCGAGGAACGCACCAUGUGAAAGGUUUAGACAGCGAUAUAUAGUUUUUUAAGGACAUUUCGGUACACGAUUGAACCGGCUAUAAUGUCCUCUUCCUCAGAACCGACUGAGUUCACUGUGGAGGCAGUGGAGAGGGCUCUUCAGCAGCUGUACUAUGAUCCGGACAUGGUGCAGAAGAAUGUGGCCCAAAAGUGGCUGGCGCAGGCCCAAGCGUCCCCGCAGGCAUGGCAGUUCUGCUGGGCACUGCUGUCCCCAGACAAGGUACCUGAGAUCCAGUUCUUUGGUGCAAGCACUCUACACAGCAAGAUCUCCAGCCACUGGCUUGACCUCACUUCUGAGCUCUGUGAGUCUCUCCGCUCUCAGCUCGUCACCCACGUGUGCCACUUCGCCCUCGGACCCAAGGUGGUGCUGACGCGCCUCUGUGUGGCCCUGGCGUCUCUGAUCCUCCGGACGCUCCUUGAUUCGUGGCCCAGCGCUGUGCCCGAUCUCCUGCAGGCGUUUCAGAGCGGAGAGGGCAUGGGCGAGGUGGACGGUCGGUGCCUGGCAUUGUUAGAAGUGCUCGCUGUUUUGCCUGAGGAGCUCCAGAGCAGAAAGUUCACAUCAGGAAAUCGUGCCAGACUUCAGGCUGCCCUGGUGCAAGAAUGGAAGUUGUUGUGUCCCCUGCUGAGGGAGCUGCUGCGGCGUGAAAGCUCGGUGUGCAACAUGAAGGAACGAGCACUGCGCUGUCUGCCAUCCUGGCUCACUCUAGGUGUUGAUUUGGGUCAGAGUGAAGGGGUGCUGCAGGAUAGCCUGGCGCUGCUUAAAGUGCCUGAGCUUUUUGACACGGCUGUAGAGAGCGUCGUCGGUGCUUUCUCGGUUCCUGACUGGCACAGGUCUGCAGACAGCCUGGUGAAGUCGUUGCCUCAUGUGCUGGAGCUCGGGGAGCAGCUGAAGAAGGCAGUGCAAGAGAGAGACAUGGAGACCUGUCAUGGAAUUUGUCGCAUCGUUGUCACUCUCGCCGAAACCCACUGCAGAACUUUGUUGGAGCACAUCGGACACUGGCAGAGUUUUCAGGCUCUGGUCAGUAUGAUUCUGUCCUGCACUGCGAUUCCUGGCCACUACCCAGUGGACGAGACUUCCAGUUCACUUACACUCACAUUCUGGUAUACACUGCAGGAUGAUAUCAUGUCACUGGAAACGGAGAAGCAGACGUUUUACCUGCAGCUGUACAGACCCCUUUACUUCCAGCUGGUUGACGUUCUGCUGCACAAAGCUCGCUUUCCUAAUGAGCGCGACUACGCCUCGUGGUCUUCUGAUGACAAGGAACAAUUCAGAACCUACAGAGUCGAUAUCUCAGACACUCUAAUGUGUGUGUAUGAGCUGCUGGGCCCUGAACUGCUGCGCAAACUGUACGACAAACUCGGUGUGUUGCUGACCGACACGACGCAGUCGUCCUCGUGGCAGGAUAUAGAGGCUCUGUUGUUCGGUUUCCAGUCCAUAGCUGACACGGUGGACGUGAGCUACUCAGACGUGAUUCCAGGUCUGAUCGGCCUCAUCCCUCUUAUCUCGGCGAACAGCGUUCAGCUCGCGGAGACGGUCAUGCUCACGAUAGGCUCACUGGCCGAGUGGUUGUCCGAUCACCCAGUCAUGGUGCCCGCUGUCCUGUGCGUCGUCCUGCCCGCCCUGUCAGACGGCGACCUCUCCGUGCCUGCAGUCACCACGCUAAAAAGAAUCUGUCGCGAGUGCAGGCACCACCUAUACCCGCACGCUAAUGACAUACUGGCAUCUUCACAGGAUGCACUUGUCAAGAGAAUCCACAAGAGCCCUCAGAGUACGUGGCUGAUGCAGGCUCUGGGGUUUUUACUCUCGGCCAUGCCGGAUGAGGAGAUUCCGGAAAAACUGCUCUCUCUCCUCUCGCCUCAUAUCCAAGAUUUGGAGAGGCUGGCCAAUCAGACGCCCACUCCUGAUAGUAAACUCUCCAUUAUCCAUGUUCUGGGCCUGAUCUCCAGUCUCUUCUCCACUCUUGAUUUGAGCACACAUGGCGAAGGUUUGGACGCGGUUCGAGGGCAUCGAUUUGCUUGUUACAACAAUCCAAUAGUAAUCAUGCUACAGCAAGUGUUUCCUGUCGUCCAAACACUUCUGAGCAAGUGCCUGAAAGACAGUGAAGUGGUGGAGGCUUCAUGUGCAGUUUUCGGGAAGUCGAUGAAAACCCUCGGUGGCGAUUUCGCUCCUCUCGUGGCUCAACUUUGUGAGAUGAUCGGUCAGCUGUUCAGCGCCUACCCACAAGCCUCCGCUUUGGAUCUCAUCCAGCAGCUAGUUCAGACAUUUGCCUGUGAGAAGGAACAAGUCUCGUCAAUCCGUAUCGUUCUGGAGCUUGUCACAAACAUCGCCAUGUCUGUUUUUCAGCAAGGUGCAAGAGAACAUCCUGACAUGGCAGAGUCAUUUAUGAAGCUUCACACACAGGUUUUGAAAAGGAAACCAGAUCUUUAUCGAUCAGAGUGUCUUGAUAUCAGAGUGGUCUUCUACUGUGGGAUUUUAGCUCUCAGAUUUCCGGAGACGCCCACUCUCAGGUCCACAUGUGUGCUGUUUACCGAGCUCGUGUCUCACUGCGAAGACGUCCCCGCUGUCCGAGACGUUCUGCAGGAGGAUGGCCUGCUGCUUCUUCAAACACUACUGGAGGUUAUCAGCAUGCAGGCUCCUCAGGGCCUGCUGGAGCACCUGGCUGAUGUUCUAUUCUCCCUCAGUCUCCACUGCCCCAGCUUGCUCGCGACUCGGUUGAGAGACGCCCUGCAGCCUGACGCCUUCCCCUGCACCUUUCUCACUCCGGAGCACAAAGAUCGCUUCUGCCAGCAGAUCCUCAGGGAACAAGCGAGUAAGUGGAAGAUGAGGGACGUUGUGAAGGAGUUCUCACUGUCGUGUCGGGGUCUACAGGGAACGGAGCACGCAGCGGAUUACUGAACUACAUCCACGUGUUUUCAGACACUUGUGUGGAAUCCGGUGUAUAGUGAAAAGACGAUUCAGGGGAAAAACCAACAGUGAUCUGGCAACAACAAAAAUUGUUUUGAAUCUUUUUUGGUUUUUUUUACAGAUAACACAAGGUCAUUGUGUUCUAAUUUCAUAUUAAAUCCUAGUUUUUUUGAAUGUGUAUUUCUAGGGUUGCCUUUACAAGUCAUUGAUGUCCCCCUAUUGACGUUGCCUCUGGGUGUCAGUGAACUUGGUCAGAAGGUGUUCUAAUACGUUUAAUCCUACGCUCCACAGCAUACCUUUAGAAUGUUAGCAGAUCACUGGGCAUUGUGAAGGCGGGGUAACCGAAUGAAUAACGAAAAUGACCAACACAUUUUUCAUAAACUACUAACAGAGA